AUGGAAUCGUCGGUGGCACAAACGCUAUAUGCGUCUGUAUCCUAUAAAAAAGUUCCAGGUACUCUUACUCUAAAGAAAGAUGGUGUUCUUGAAUGGAGGCCCUCUAGUUCAACUGCUAGUGUGCAUGAAUUUCAAGUUUCAAGCACGUAUUUAAAAGGUAUGCAAGUGUCCAAGCCAGGUGCAGCACAGAUAGCGCUUCGGCUAGUAGCCAAAGAUGGCAAAACCAUCAAUGGAGAUACUUCCGCAUUUCUUGUAUUCAAUUCAGAUCCAGACACGGCGGUAUCACAGAGAGAAAAGUUUAAAGAGCGCCUAGCUGCAGCUAUUGCAAAGGCGCGUACAGAGCCAAUGCAGCAGACUAGCACUCGAGACUUCGACACUCAUGAUUCUCUUCAACGCACAGCUAUGGCUAGUGAAGUGGCAUUACGAAGUCAAGUCUUGCGUUCCAAUCCUCAGCUCCUUUCAUUGCAUAAAGAAGUUGUUGGGUCGGGUACGUUGUCUGAUGCCGAUUUCUGGGCGCAUCCAGCUCGAGUAAUGUUGCUACGAGCAGAAAAGGCUCGAAUGGAGCAGAAAACUGGACGUCGAGGACAAUUGGCUGAUCCGCAUCCUACACAAAAUGAGAAUAAUGAACUGAAAAUCAAUAUUACACCACAGCUCAUCCGCGACUUAUUUGAACAAUAUCCUGUGUUGACAAGAGCAUAUGAUGAAAAUGUACCCAAUCGUCUGGAUGAAAAUACAUUUUGGGCUCGUUAUUUUCAGUCUAAGUUGUACCAUCGACUUCGUACUUCACUACGCUCUGCAGCUUCAGAAAACCAAUUGCCCGCUGAUGACAUUUUUGAUAAAUAUUUGGAGGCAGAAGAUAAUGACUUGGAGCCACGUCAAAAGCAUAAUCCACAUGAUGCAUUGCUAAAUCUAGCAUCAACGGAGGAGGAUCAUUCCGCAACAGGAAAUAUUCAGGACUGGACCAUGCGUCCUGGGUUUGAUCGACGCACUUUGUCAUUGGUUCGUCGAUUCAACAAACAUGCUGAAUCACUUCUUACUUCGUCGUUGGGCGCGCUCGAUGAAAAAGGCGCUCGCCGUGUGCGAAGGAAAGUGGGAGGCGUUGAUGAAGAGUACGACUCACAGUCCAAGCGUAAAUGGGAAUCUCAUUAUGACAAGGAUAUUGUGAUUCCCGAUUUGACUGAGCGCCGAUCUAACUCGGGGCGUCGUUUAGAGAUCCAAGACUCACAUGCAUACUAUGGCUCCGACAUACAUGGAGAAACUGAAACAGUACAAGGUGAGAAUCGAUUCGAUUAUGCCCGUUUUCGACAGGAUCUUGCGCAAUGGCACCUGGACCUGAGCAAAUUUUCGCCUUCAGGCCAGAUAAUGAGCACAACGUUGCAUUACAUGCUGAAAAACAUGGGACAACAGAAAGAGCAGCGAUAUUCGACAGCAUUAGAUAAAUUGCCUGCGGAUGUUAACAGGCAGAUUGUGUCUUGUCAAGCUGCGACAAGCGAAUUUCUGCAGCAAUUUUGGCAAGCCGCUCUUCCAUCCUUGGAACACACGUAUCAAUCCGUGGAGCAGCGCAUUGAAAAAGCACGAAGUAUGAUAUCCAUCUUGCAAAAAACAGAUACCCGUAUUGAACAUAUUGCAACAGCGGCUGAUACAGCCUUGCCCAAUGAAGGCUACGACAGUGUUAUGGAAGCGUUUCAAGCUACACGCGAGGCUGUACAGACAGCGUUGUUCUAUGCGCACAAGUCGCAGAGACAUACAGUUUAG